AUGUAUAAUCUAUUACAUCCAAUUUCUUUUAGUUCCGCUUCAUCGACUAUUCUUUGGGAACAUAUAACAAAUGAAAAUUUAACAGAAAGUCUUCAAGGUCCAUUUACAACUGAUCAAAUGAUUUGUUUAACAAAUACUAAAGAAAAAUUAGAUAAAGAUAAUGUACGGUGCCGUCAUGUGGUACAGAACAAUUCUAUUCAAUAA